ACAAAUACAAUGCACAUUUCUCACUCCACACACCAGAAUCUCUGUAUAUAUAUACCCCACACCAAAAACUACAUUCUCCAUUCUUUCUCAGAGAACUUGCAUACAGAAAAACAAUGGCUUCUUCAAUCCUUCGUUUAUCGUCGCAUUUGCUUCUCUUCGUUUUCGUUGUUUCUGCAACUGUUUCAUUAGCAGCAGAUUCGUUAGGAAGGAGAGAUAUUUCUUCGUUGAUUUCCAAUUACAGAUUCCCCAAAACACAGGCUGAAAAACAGAUUAGAGCACUCAAUUUGUUUCCCAAGCAUGAAGUGAAUCAUCACGCCGGCCUAAAUUACAGCCUCGGUGCAUCGCAAAUCGUCGAGAAACGUCUGAAAUUCCCCGUUUUGGGUGAUUCGGGAACUUCUGUGCAGGACUUGGGUCACCAUGCUGGUUAUUAUAAGCUUCCGCACACCAAAGAUGCAAGGAUGUUCUACUUCUUCUUCGAAUCGAGAAAUAGCACAGCCGAUCCUGUCGUUAUAUGGCUAACCGGUGGACCGGGUUGCAGUAGUGAAUUGGCUUUAUUUUACGAAAAUGGCCCUUUUCAUAUAACAAGCAAUCUCUCCCUAACAUGGAACGAUUUCGGAUGGGAUAAGGUAACUUAUCUUAUAAUGUUGGAUCAGCCAACCGGAACAGGUUUCAGCUACAGUUCAGAUGAUGAUGACCUUAGACACAAUGAAGAGGGUGUUAGCAAUGAUCUAUAUGAUUUCUUGCAGGCCUUCUUCAAGGAGCACCCUCAGUACUUGAAGAACGAUUUCUACAUUACCGGAGAAUCGUAUGCUGGGCACUAUAUUCCGGCUUUUGCUUCUCGUGUUAAUCAAGGGAACAAAAACAAAGAGGGGCUUCAUAUUAAUCUAAAGGGUUUCGCUAUCGGGAACGGGCUUACAGAUCCGGAGAUACAGUACCCAGCAUACAUAGAUUAUGCUUUGGACAAUAAACUCAUUCAACGGUCCGAUUACAAUGGACUGAAGCAAGCAGUUUCGGACUGCCAACAAGCAAUCAAGCUUUGUGGUGCUAAUGGUGGAUCUUCUUGUACAUCGGCAUACAUGGCCUGUAACACCAUCUUCAGCAGCAUAGUCGAGCAUUCCCGUGGUUUAAACUACUACGACAUAAGAAAACAGUGUGAAGGUUCUCUAUGCUAUGAUUUCUCAAACAUGGAGAAUUUUCUGAACCAAAAGUCGGUUAGAGAAGCACUUGGCGUAGGUGACAUAGAUUUUGUCUCGUGUAGUACAGCAGUUUACGAAGCUAUGAUCACAGAUUGGAUGAGAAAUCUCGAAGUGGGAAUUCCUUCACUUCUCGAAAACGGGAUCGAAGUACUCAUUUACGCAGGCGAAUACGACCUCAUAUGCAAUUGGCUCGGGAAUUCAAGAUGGGUUCAUGCGAUGGAAUGGUCGGGGCAGAAGAAAUUUGUGGCGGCUCCAACGGGCCCGUUUUUGGUGGACGGUGUAGAGGCUGGAUUACAGAAGGGGAACGGGCCUUUGACUUUUCUGAAGGUACAUAAUGCAGGUCAUAUGGUACCUAUGGAUCAACCAAAAGCAUCUUUGGAGAUGCUUCAGAGAUGGAUGCAAGGGAAACUCACUCAAGGAGAUGGUCAUCUUGCUCCAAUGUGAUCAUUGCUUUAAAGUUCGUUUAUUUUAUAAUGUAAAGGUUUUACGGAAUUAUUAGUUCAUAUAUAUAUAUAUAUAUGAAAACAGAGAAAAGAUGCUGUUUAUUUAACAGAUGAAAUGAAAUGAAAUGCAUUCUUUUUCUCCUUCA